AUGACCGAUCAAAACGAUGAAGGAGACAGUUCUACGGCUGAUGGAUUAACAGCAUCAAAGUCUUCUAGCAAAAAAACAAAAAGCAAACCAACCGCUGCUGCCACGACCGACACCCUUGAUGGCAAUAAUACAAAUAGUGGUGCAAUCAAUCAAAAACUUACAGAUAAAUCAAUGCGAAAUUUAAUGAAACAAAUGACAGUUGCCGAACAAACUGCUGCCAGUAAUAAUGCAAAUGCAUCAAAAUAUGACGAGAAAUCAGCAUUGAAACAAGAAUGGAAAUUUUGGCAAACACAACCGGUAUCAACGAUUGGUGCAAAAAUUGACACAGAUAAUGUUGGACCUAUCGAAUCAAAUAAAUCAAAAGACGAACUACAGCAAGAAUCCUAUAAAUUACCUGAUGGCUUUUCUUGGGAUGAUGUUGAUGUUCAUGUUGAUGAACAGUUAGAGGAAUUAUGUACAUUCUUGGACGAUAAUUAUAUUGAAGAUGAUGGCAAUGAUUUUCGGUUGAAAUAUUCCAUGCCAUUUUUACGAUGGGCUUUAUGCGUACCAGGUUGGCUUAAAAAAUUUCAUGUAGGAGUUCGUGUAACGAAAAGUGGGAAAUUGGUUGGUUUUAUCAGUGCUGUUCCAGUUCGAAUUAGAGUCUAUGAUAAGGAACUACCAAUGGUAGAUAUAAACUUUUUGUGUGUUCACAAAAAAUUACGACUUAAACGAUUGUCACCUGUACUUAUUAAAGAGAUAACGCGUCGUGGACAUUUCGAAGGAUAUUUUCAAGCCGUUUAUACAGCCGCUCCUUUCCUUCCGGGUAUUGCCAGCAAAUGUAGAUAUUGGCAUCGAGUGCUCAAUGUCAAAAAAGCAUUGGCAGUCGAAUUUUCCUAUUUAGGACGAAAUAUGACAGUACAACGGAUGCAAAAAGUCCAUCGAUUACCUGAGACAACACAAGUGGCAGGCUUUCGUGAGAUGCGCGAUGCUGAUAUACCACAAGCUUGGAAAUUACUCACGCAAUAUCUGACAAAAUUUGAUCUGGCACCGGUGUUUUCCCUUGAAGAAUUUGAAUACUUAUGUAAAAAUCGGCCGACCGUCGUGAGUGCAUUUGUUGUUGAAAACGAUCAAGGUGAAAUAACCGAUUUCAUAUCAUACUAUCAUUUACCAUCGACAAUUAUGAAUCAUCCGCAGUACAAGAUAUUGAAUUCAUGCUACAUGUAUUAUUAUGCUGCUAGUCGAACACCAUUGAUCGAUCUUGUCAAUGAUUGUCUUGUGCAAGCACACAAUAGUGAUUUCGAUGUGCUCAAUGCGCUCGAUAUAAUGGAUAAUAAGGAAUUUAUGGAAAAACUUAAAUUUGGUAGUGGCGAUGGUAAUAUUCAAUAUUAUCUCUACAAUUGGAAAUGUCCACUGAUACCUGCUGAAAAAGUUGCAGUGGUACUCCAAUAA